UUGAAAGCUGAGGUGAGUGAGCAUCGAGACUGCAGGUACUUUAACCUAGAACCCUUUCGGACCCGUCCCAGUCCCAGCGAUUGCACCGCCCCCACCCCUGCUCUUGUGCAGACCCACACCCUCCUUGCUAUUCGAUGCAUCCACAACCACGAUCCCACGCCUGUCCAGUCCGGUUCCGCCCCGCCCGGUCCAGUCCCAAGGAGGCACUGGGAAGGCGCUGGAGGUUCUUUCUCUCUCUCUCUCUUGCCCGUCGUGCCCGUCUCCCGUCUUGUGGCAGGACCGACUGACGCUGCUGGCCAGUGCCUGCCUGUCUGCCUGCCUGUCCGGGUGAAGUCUGGUCUGCGCUCCGCACCUGCCACCCACAAUGGAAGUUGGCAAGCGCAAGUUCGACAUCUGGUCCCUGUCGCGCGCUGCUCACCACCGUCCACGCCGUGCUCCUCACGCUCGACCCGUCCAAUACCACCCAUGUCACCCGCCCAGUUCCAGUCCUGGUCCCUGUCACUGGUCAUGGCCUCUCGGGUCCCCAGUCUUUCUCUCAUCCUAUUCUCUCUCGCUGGCUGGUGCUCUAUUCACUUUGCCGCCGCCGCCUGGGCUCUUUUGCUCUGCCACCACUGCUACCUUACCACCGUACUUCCCGCCUGCUUACUCGGCUCCUGCCAACCACGCCGAAAACACUCAAAGUCCAAGGCUGCUCCGCUGCUCGGCUUCGACCUGUCACCUCGCCUCUUCUUCUCCUCUUCCUUCCUAUUCCUAACUAUCCCAACAGCCCCCUCACCUUUCCUACUACUUACUACAACCUACAGUGACCCGCCUCGUCCGCCAAUCUCUCACGAUCACGAACUGCCUCACGACCACGCCUAA